GUAGUGGUGUCAGCGGCUUUUUGGAGCCCGCGCCGUCGUGUGUAGUUGUCGCGCACCGGCCGAGUCAAACCGACGGGUGGACACACAUUCGCCGUUUCGUUCGUCCCACCCUUUCCGUCCCCGCCCGCAACAAGUGUUCAGUGGACGCCGUGCAAACACGAUACACACAAGCACUCACGCACUCAUACACUUCCUCACAAGCAUUGCACGUACACAAUACACUACACUACACACACACACACAUAAUAAAUACACUGAGUAUAGGUACACAGGCGUACACGAAAUUCACUACAUACUCACACAUUCACGCAAACAUUCGUCGCCGUUGCCGUCGACAGAGAUCCCGCUGCUACAGGUCGAGUUGGCCCCUAAACGUCCACCGAAAUUUGUACGAGGAAAAAUGUGGAUUCGAAGGGUGAACUCGACUAAUUGGAAAAAACCUACCCUUACGCUACAUAUGGCUAAUAUUUUGCAGUAAAUUAUUUGAAAGUUAUCUGUACUUAUCUAUUACUCAUCGACGGCCUGGAACGUCGAGAUAAUAUUAAAUAAACAAAAAAAAAAGCCCGAAGAUGAUACCUACAAAUGUCAUGUCAUUUAUAAACAAGAUUGUGCCAGAAGGAAAUUCUGGAUCCGAGUCCUCUGUACCUGAACAAGGCACGAGGUUCAGUAAAAUCCGACAGACGCUUUCAUCCAGUCUAAUGACGGCGCAGGAUAAAAUGACGACUAAGCUAAAUAGCGCCAGCAGUCGGCAAAGUCCAGCUGAAUCUAGUCCAACGCCUAGUCCUGCGUCACCACCAGAAGAUACUUCUAUUAAACAACCGCCAGCGACAUCCAAACCGGACACGUCCAAGCAACCGGCGUGUCGGUCCGGCGGAUGCCGGGUGUGUUUGAAGAGUUUCAAGGAAGGCGACUAUUCGCGUGUCUGCUUCGGGUGCAAGUUCAAAGUGUGCGAAGACUGCGCCACAUCGUACACGAAAAUCGACGAAAACCAAGACGAGAACACGUGGUGCUGCAGUAUUUGCCGUCGAAAACAACAGAGUUCAUCUAUACUACAACCCGUGCUGGCGCAAAAUUCCACAGAUAGCUUGCUGGACGUGCCCAUAGUGGAUACCUUACAGCGGCGGCAUUCGGACGUCAAAAUCGGAAGGAACUCGGGAAGUGGCGGAUCCGGAAACGGGUCGCUGGGUUCGGGGUUGGCUCCACCGCGGUCGCCCGAACUUAGGCGACACUCGGACGUCUCCCCGUCCACGUUAAAGGACAUGGAAAAGGCUGCAGCUGCCCUUAAGGUAGGAGAUAGAAGUCGAAUAACAGACGAUAAACUGUGGAACAGAGACACUGGUCUAAGACAAAAACGAGGGUCUGCCGGCGCGGUAGUCGGACAAAGUACAAAUCAGACACAACCAAAUGUAUUUCGGUUCAACGAAUCGCGCCGAGAAUCUAAGAUAUCCAUGGCCACCGAUGAUUCUACCGACGACCCGGAAGACGCAGAAACCCGAUGGAGGAGAGGAGCUCGUGGUGCUGUGCAGAGAGUAAGAAGGAAAUCUAGGGUGCAAAAACAGCACAGCUAUGAUGACGACAUUAAAUCCGGUACCGGGCAAGGACCACAGGGUGUUACAUCGAAUUUGACAGCAGACCUUCAAGCUGCUCAGUUGCCAAGAAGGGCAUCCGCUUAUGAUGUAUACCAAAACCGCUUGGAUCAGGGCUCGUUGCCAUCAAGUCGGAGGUCUAGUUUCCGAGUACAGCCCGACGACGACGGCGGCAGUAGCGUGCAGCAGCAAAAAGAACUGCCUCAAACCCUUUGCGACGAAGAUUGGAGACCUCGAAGACGUGGUUCGCAGUUACCGGACAUCAGUGGUUUGAGGUCGGCCGUUGAAUCUAGGAGUGGAGGCCGCAAUUCUUUUUCCGGUCGAAGUGUCGCCGACGGUCAACAGACACAACAGCAGUCCCAGCAAGUCCAACAGCCGGUAACAGUUAGCCAAGAACAAGAUCAGAACGACACAAUGCGCAGACAAACAUCUGUGGCAGGCGAAGACAUAAAGAUAGUCAUACACGACGUCGACUUCGAUCCAAACAUGAUGGGUGCUCGUUCUGGUUCCAAGCGUAAAGUGAUAUUGAAACGAGAUUUGACGGACAAAGCCCACCGAACCAGGGGAUUCGGCAUGAGAGUAGUGGGCGGCAAAAUCGGGCCAGACGGACAAAUGUUCGCAUCGAUUGUGUGGACCGUUCCCGGAGGUCCUGCCGAAAAAUCCGGUCUGCAACAAGGAGAUAAGGUUCUGGAAUGGGCAGGCAUACCUUUGGCGAACCGGAGCUUCGAGGAAGUGUGUGCCAUCAUAGACCGUUCUGGCGACGUGGUAGAGCUACUAGUCGAACAAGGAUACGAACUGAGGAUAUGCGACCUUUUGGACGAGCCCGGGCCAAUGACGUCGAGAAAAAAUUCCGGUGAAGCUAUGGGCUUACAACUAGACGGAUCAGAUUCCCCGGCGUCUCCGACCAGAAGAAAACUGCCCAAGACUCCGACAUCUGGUGUGACUCAGUCCAUACAAGAGGAACCUAUCCGGGAGAGAAAUAUCAUUGGCGGAAUUCAAAUGCAAGUCUGGUACCGGGACGGUAAAAACGAGUUAUCCAUAUCUGUGUUGGCGGCCAACGGAUUACAAAUGAGAAACGAUGCCGAUUAUGGAUCCCUGCCAGAAGCAUACGUCCAAAUCAAACUUUUGCCAUUCACCGUGGAUACUAAUAUUGUGAAGACUGACAUUGCGGAACCGUCACUGAAUCCCAUGUGGAACACAACACUGGAAAUGCCCAACGUCCGUUCAGAAACGCUGAUCGAAAAGCAAAUGGAGGUGAUACUGUACGAUUAUAGGCCCGACAAAGAAGACGUUAUCCUAGGUGAAUUUGUGGUAAACUUACAAAGCGCUUUACUGGACAACGCUAUGAUAUGGUACGAACUGGAAUCGCCCAACCAUAGCAAAGCGUCCAAGUCUCCAAGAAGCUCGAUUUCGGAUUCGGGAAAGGGCGGUUUAAGAAGAGAAAUUCGUUCAGUGUCGGAGGAACGGGAACUGGAUGGAUUUUUGCACCCGGAUCACGCUUACAUGGCCAACUCUAGACGGGGAUCAAGUCAAUCCGAACAGUUAGAAGUAGAACCUUAUCAGUUGAACAAAGAUUUUUCCAGAUCCUUGCCGGGAUCCCGGCGCAGUUCGUUUCAGUCAUCUACUCAAAACACCGAUAAAGUUGACCCUGAACUAGCGUCGGUAUACGCCAAUAAGAGUCGACGAAGGAGUUCGUGCACGCCGCGACAGGAUCCAGACGAGAUCCUUAAGAACUUAAAAGCCGUAAAAGGAGAGUUGCUCGGUCGAAGUAUAAGCAUUAACGAUAAAAGAGGAAUGCGAAGAGGAAGUAUGUCUUUUCGAUCGCGCAAAGAUGCGGUCUUGGAAAAACCAGAACAAAUGUAUAAAUACGAAGAAGAAUCUUCUGGCGAACCUAUUCCUCUAGGACCAGGCCAAAUUAUGCCGAGGAGUUAUGGCAUGAGUUCAGGUAGUUAUCACAUUGAACUCAAAUUAGGUUUACUAAUGACCAAGGGCCAACUCGAAGUGGAUGUCGUGUGCGCUCGAGGCAUCCGCGCUGAAGACUCGCCGCCAGAUACCUACGUGAAGACUUACCUACGGGAAAACGACCGGUGGUUGCAAAAACGCAAGACCCGAGUGGUUCGUCACAAUUGCAACCCGGAGUACAAUCAGACACUCAGGUAUUCGGCGUGUGAUGUAUUGGGCAGAUCUCUUCUGGUAAUGCUGUGGGAACGGCAGAAAGGGUUCGAGCACAACCAAGGCCUGGGAGGAGCGGAGGUGACACUGGACUCCUUGAAGCUGACACAGGUCACAGAAGGAUGGUACCCGCUGUUUCCUAUACAGAGCUUGGGGUCCGACUCGAACGACUCACCGUGACGUCGACGUACAAUAAAAUGCCAUUUUUAAACUUACAACAAUACACCGAUAAGACUUACUCCUCUACGCCGGCCAUGCCGAGAAGAAACAGCCCACUAGUAUUUUAUUAUAUCUUUAUCUUACCGUAUAGUAAUAAUAUAUAAUCGUGCAUUAUCUACUGUGAACCGUAAUAUUAUAUUUUGUAUUAGACGUUGAAGAUUUAAUUACUAUACGUAGGUACUAUUAAAUUAUUGUAAUUCUAUCAAUACUAAUUUCGUAUGAACCGGUCUUAGGAAACAUUAGUUGGGUUCGUCUCGUUCAAUGAAUUCUGUAGCCUAUACUAAGACACCAGAAAAUUCUUAAUAAUAAUUGUAUUUAUUAUUGCAAUUUCCGGUAAAUUAGGGUUGUUGCAAAACCAAACAUUUCAUUAAAAACUGCGUGUCAUCUAUUAUACUGUAUUAUAUUUUAAGAUUAGUAUAGGUAAUAAUCGAUAUAAUAUUAUUGAUUAAAUUUAACUUAUAAAUAAAAAACUAAUAUCAUUAAAAAUAAAAAUAUGUAAAAGUUAUAAUAUUUGAAUUGAACAAAUAACAUAAUAAUGAUCGGGUAAACAAUAUCUGAUUGGUGUUAAUGCGCCAAGUUGUGUAAAUAAUGGAGUUCAUAUAAUAUAUAAAUUAAAUUUAUGCCAAAAUAAUAUAUUUAGACGUAUGUAAGAUAUAUAUUGAAAAUACACCUAAGAUAGCUUAUGAAAAGUAUUGAAAAAUGAUAAUUCCAUAUCAUGAAACCAAAUAACUUAGUAGUAAAAUAUUUAUAGAGAUAUUAUUAAACCACAAAAAAAAAGUAAUUAGACGAUUUACAUAAUAAGUAAUG